AUGGCAUCAUUGUCGUCGAAGAAGAUCAUCCUUAAGAGUUAUGAGGGCGAGACCUUUGAAAUAGAAGAGGCGGUGGCAAUGCAAUCCCAGACGAUCAAGCUUUUGAUAGACGAUGACUGUGCCAACGACACUGGAAUCCCUAUUUCGAACGUAACCAGCAAGAUCUUGGCCAUGGUUAUUGAGUAUUGCAAGAAACAUGCUGAUGAUGUAAGUUCUGAUGAGCUUAGGAAGUGGGACGCUGAGUUUGUCCAGGUUGAUCAAGAUACUCUCUUCAAUCUCAUCUCGGCUGCUAACUAUCUAAACAUCAAAAGUCUGUUGGAUCUUACAUGCAUGACUGCAGCAGACAAUAUCAAGGACAAGACACCGGAGGAGAUUCGCAAGAUUUUCAACAUUAAGAAUGAUGAUUACACUCCCGAGGAAGAGGAGGCAGCUCGCUGUGAAAAUAGUUGGGCUUUUGAAUGA